AUGUCCAUAGAGAAGCGCGAUCUCGAAUCGGGGUCUCCGACCCCCGAAAACACCACUCAAUCCGACAUCGAAGCGGGCCGAACCAUUCUUCUCAAGGCAGAUCGCGUGCAUGAACUACAAGCACGUGUCGCAGUCUUGAGAUAUCUCAACGGCUUCGAAUCAUGGCUCGAUCGUAGGCUGGGUGUUGAGACGCAGGGUGUGGAUCGCAUUCCAGAGGAGGAGAAGCAACCGCCGUCAGUGUGGAAUAUUUUUCUCAUGUGGUGGUCGCUCAACAUUCACGUUGGCGUUUUGCCCUUGGGGUUGCUGGGACCGGAAUUUGGUCUUUCGCUGAAACAGUCGAUUGCGGCUUCAAUCAUCGGCAUCAUACUGGGUGCGCUGAUGACUUCAACUACGGGAACAUUGGGACCAAAGCUCGGCAUGAGACAAAUCGCGACAUCUCGAUACUCUUUCGGCUUCUGGGGCGCCAAACUAUGUAGCGUCCUCAACAUAGUCGUGGGUGGUGGCUUUGCAGUUGUCAACUAUGUCGUCGUUGGCCAGAUUCUCAGCGCCGUGUCUGGCUACACCAUGAGUAUCACUGUCGGCAUCGUCAUUAUAGCCGUCAUAUCUUAUGUAGUAUCCAUCUUUGGCUUCCGGCUGAUUCAUACUUUCGAGAAAUACUCAUGGAUCUAUACGUUUAUCCUCCUCUGCGUACUCAUUGGACAGGCGGCGCCUCAUGUACAAACCAGUCUGCCGGGCGAGGAUGGCAGCUCAGGAUUGGUAUUUUCAGGAACCUUUCUCACCAUCGUUGCAAUCAAUUUUUCCAACGCGUCGGGAUGGUGUUCUAUCGCUGCAGACUACUACUGCAACUUUCCCGCCAGCACUCCUGCUUGGAAGACCUUCUUCCUCACUUUCUGGGGCAUCGUGAUUCCGACCACCUUUUCCGUCACUAUCGGUUGCUGCCUCGGAAACGCUGCCACUACGGCUGCUUAUCCCCCCUACGCCGAUGCAUACACUAACCAUGGCCUGGGUGGCCUUAUUGGCGAGAUCUACCACCCAGAUGCUUGGUCCAAGUUUUGCCUCGUGCUGCUCACCUUUUCUGUGCUUGGUAACAAUAUUGCCAUCAAUUAUUCAUCCGGCCUAAGCAUGCAGCUGAUGGGCCAUUACUUUCACGCCGUGCCUCGCUUCAUCUGGUCCAUGGCUUUUGCAGUUGUAGUUGCGGUGCUAGCCAUCGCAGGACAGCAGAAUCUAUCCAAUGUGGUGAACAAUUUUGUGUCGCUACUAGGCUAUUGGACUGUGAGCUUCACCAUGGUGCUGAUGCUUGAAGAUCGCAUCUUUCGCCGCAAAGAUGGCUACAAUCUCGAGGCCUGGGAUCAACCGCACUUGCUCCCUUCGGGAGUUGCGGCUGUAACAGCCUUACUGGCAGGAUAUCUCGCUGGAGGUGUACCGGGCAUGAGCCAGACGUGGUAUGUGGGACCCAUUGCGGCCAAGUUUGGUGGUGAUGGGGGCGAUGUGGGUAUAUAUAUGAGCGCAGCUAUUACAGUUGUUGUGUAUAUUGUGGGUAGAUAUAUCGAAAAACGGUAUACUGGCCGAUAA